AUGUAUCAUUGGUAUUAUCCUGUGUUUACAAAAUCCAAGCUAGAGGACGUCUUCAGAAAAUCGCAGGGCAGAAACCACGUGUAAGUGAGCCCCCAAGUGAGCUCACUCCGCUCACACCCACGCGGCUCAAGGGUCAGCUGUGCACGUUCCACCGCCUUUGGGGUUCUUUCCGGCGCGCAUGCGCCCCAGACGGCCUCCGCACAGCGAAUUCCCUUCCGCUGCCAGGGCUUGACGUGCGUGUCCUUCAGGGUGGCUGGCGGCUUCCGUGUCUGCCAGGACGAAGCCGGGAAGCGUCUUGUCCCGGCGAGGCUAGCUUUAUCCGGGGGACCCUCCCGGCCGCCGUCCCGGGAGUGGGGACCGGCUCCGGGAGAUGUGCCCGGCGGCAUGGACGAGGCCUGCGGCGUGCGGUGCGGGGCGGUGGACAGCCCGCUGGGGCGGAUCAAGAUCGCGGCGUGUGAGCGGGGUCUGCACGAGGUCAGGCUGUGCGGCCGGAAGACGCCGGACGCCGGGCCUGCGGAGGCCCCCGCGCUUCCUGAGCUGCUUGGCCGUCCGGAGGAAAUGACGGAGCCCCUGGUGCAGUGCGCGGCCUGGCUGGACGCCUAUUUCCAUGAGCCCGCGGCCCUCCCACGCCUCCCCUUGCCUGCGAUUCACCAUCCCAUUCUCCAGCGAGAUUCAUUCACCGCACAGGUGUUGUGGAAGCUGCUGGAGGCCGUGAAGUUUGGAGACACAGUUUCGUACCAGCAGCUAGCAGCCCUGGCAGGCAACCCCAGAGCUGCGCGGGCAGUGGGCGGAGCCAUGAGGAGCAACCCUGUGCCCAUCCUCAUCCCGUGCCAUCGCGUGAUCUGCAGCAGCGGAGCCGUGGGCAACUACUCCGGAGGCCUGGCCACGAAGGAGUGGCUGCUGGCCCACGAGGGCCACCUGGCGGGGAAGCCGACCAGUCCCGGGGGUUCCCGUCCGGCUGGAACGCAGCUUGGGGUGCAGGGUGGCCGGAACUGAGGGUUUGCAGGCGGCCGUGUUGGAGCGGCACGCGCUGGCACCGUUGAAUUAAAGCUCUGGACGUGUCCUGAGGGACGUGGA